AUAAUCACAUAAAUGUAGAUAAAAAUACUCAAGGUUAUGGAUGACAUUGCCGUGUGGAUUCUUUUGGUUUUUAUUUUUAUAUUGUCAUACAUAUUUUUAUGGAAACGUUCUCGUCGUCCGUCGGACUUGCCACCGGGGCCAACACCGCUGCCCGUGAUUGGGAAUUUGUUGAGUUUAUUUGGAGUGGACAUAUUAACAAAAACAAGACAACUAUCACAACAGUAUGGACGAAUGUACAGUCUGUCUUUAGGACCAUACUGGGCGGUUUUUAUUAAUGAUACAAGCACACUUCAUGAAGCCUUUGUCAAACAUGCGGAUAUAUUUUCUGGUCGGCCGGAUGUGUUCUUCUUCACGAAAGUUCAAGAGGGCAAAGGAAUUGCUGCUGCAAGUGACCCUUUAUGGAAAGCACAAAGAACUUUUACGAUAAACGCUUUGAGGCAUUUUGGAUUUGGUAAACGCAAUAUGGAAUCAAAAAUUCUCGAAGAGGUUGAAUUUUUCAUUGAAGUUUUGGAAAGCAAGAAAGGGCGUCCUGUCAACAUUGAAAUUAAUGUGAGAGAAGCUAUAUCGAAUGUUAUUUGUUCCAUCGUAUUUGGUAAAAGAUUUAACUACGAUGACAAAAUAUUUCAGAAACUUAUCAAAGACUUGGAAGAACUGUUAUCUAAUCCUUAUCUACCCAUGGUAAAUUGGAUUCCAUACCUACAUUAUGUAAGCUAUAUUUCCGAUGUGCUUGGGACACAAAAAUGUAUCGAUCUUGUCAAAGACCUAAAAGCUCAGUUGGCCAACAUUAUCGAGGAACAUAAACGUACCUUUGACGAAGAAGACUUGCGAGAUUUCAUAGACGCAUAUCUAUUGGAGUGGAAAAAUCACACGCGUGAAAACGAUAUUCAAUUCUCAGAGGACAACCUAGAGGGCGUUGUGCUAGAUCUGUUUGGAGCUGGAACUGACACUACAGCUAGUACCAUCCUAUGGGCAAUUAUUUUCCUAGUUAAUAACCCGGAUGUUCAAGAGAAGUUACGAAAUGAAUUGACGGAAGUUGUUGGUCCCAAUCGUCAGCCUUUACUAGACGAUAGAAACAACCUACCGUACUGCGAGAGUGUUAUAACCGAGACAUUGCGUCUUGGUAAUAUCAUACCAUUUUCUCUGCCCCAUACGGUCACUGAAGAUUUUGUGCUUAAUAAUUAUAGAAUACCAAAAGGGUCGAUCGUCAUUCCCAACAUCAACGCAACCUUGCAUGAGGAGAAUACAUUUCCAGAUUCCAAUAAUUUUGAUCCAAGCAGAUUUUUAGAUGAAAAUGGCAAGCUCAAUAAAAGGCGAGAUAAUGUCAUGUCAUUUUCACUUGGAAGACGUGUUUGUCCUGGCGAAUCUCUAGCGAGAAUGGAGUUGUUUUUAUUUCUGACAGCAAUAGUGACUCGGUACAAAAUUUUACCUGAAGGACAGUUACCUCCUAACAUAGAAGGAGAAUUAGGAAUGACAUAUUCACCAACACCCUAUUCUGUACGAUUUGUUGACUGGUAAUAAAAGAAGGCAUAUAGGUGACAAUUUUCUGUAUACAUUUAUUCACUACGGAUAGGCACAUAUUUGUUAAAAAAAAAAAUCACGUUUUGUAUGUUAAGUUUCAGAGUAUUCAUCACUAAAUAUUUUUAAUAUCAAAUAGUGUUGUUUAUCUCUAGGGUGAUUUGUAUUUGUUUUUUCUUUAAAGAACAAAAAGUGUGCGUAUAUAUAGUGCUGCAUUCUAACAUAGCCGAUAAUGCAUGGCUCUUGUUUGGAACGACACGGAAGGUUACCGCUAGAAAAAUCGCAAUGAACUGGAAAAACCUACAUUUUCUUCACGCGAUCGUAUAUGUUCUUAAUAGAGCUAUGAAGAUCG